GAAAGUAAAAAAAUGGAUGGCAAGCCGACUUAUCACCGAGUUGCCAUAAAAAAUUGUGUUUAUAAGAGUGAAAUGUUAAUAAUCAAAACAGGUUCCGUUUACUGUGGGUUGUGAGCGCAAAGGAUAAACUUGAAAUUACACCUGAUAUUUGUGAUCUGUCCCCAAGAUCGUGAUUGUGUUAGGCCGGCGGAAAGGCUGACAACGGUGACUAAAACAAACACCACAGCCACCCGCUGCCCUCCUUCCCACCAGCCAGCCAACCAGCCAGGCAGCCAGCGCCCACCAGCCAGCCCCGGCCAGUCCAUCAGGCAGCGUGCACGGAGAAGCAGGGCAAGAUAACGCUGCCUCGUUCUCACAUCUCUCACCGUGAGGGAGAAACACUCUAGCUGUGAAACGUUGCGCCAAGGCGUCUAGUGCGUGCAGGACACAGUGCCAGCAGUGCCCACACAGCAGUGCCAGGAAUUACCACUCUAGGUCUGCGACACUCCCCACUCAGCACCGCACAUCGCUCUGCGGAGGCACUUGCUCCAAGGAGUAACUCGAGGCGAUGGAUUUGUGACUGUUUUGUGUGUGCGUGGUGGUAUCGGCACGUUACCAGCUCGCCUCGCCCCUCACAAACAUCUCCAAUUCCCAGCGGCUCGCCAGUCAUUAUAAGGGCUUAAUUUCCUCUUGUGCAGGGACUUCUCGCAGUCCUGUAUGUCACGUCUCCCAAGAUGGCUCCUCUACCUGAGCGUGGCACUUUUCACCUGCAUUCUGUGGAGCAGAAGCCCUGGCACCACGUCAUCCUGGUGGGCUCUCGUCACCCCUACCGAAAUACGCGUGAUGAGGCAGUCAGGCCUUGGGGUCAACAUAGGCGGGUCCAACAAGAUGGUAGCCGAGUCUGGCGAUGACGCGGAGCGCCAGCGAACUUUGCGUUGGGAGGAGGAGCAGCAGCGUCGGAAAACUGCCCUCAGGCAAGCGUGUCGUAAGUGGUCACCCAAGGCCACAGAGUACCUUCCGAAUGGCAAGAAGGACUUGAUCUUCCUUCUGGUGGAUGACCGUCACAAGGCUCUGUACUGUUUUGUGCCCAAGGUGAGCUGCACCACCUGGAAGAGCAUCUGGAUGAUCCUGACGGGGAUGACCACCAUAAAGAACCCCCUGGACAUCAAGCCAUAUGUGCCACAUUUGCUGCAAGAGGAAAUGAUGCUGGCGAAGCAGCCGUAUAAUACUUCAGUGCUGGAGAACAAGCUCAACACCUAUACCAAGUUACUGAUAGUUCGGGACCCUUAUGAGCGCCUCCUCUCAGCCUACAAAAACAAGCUGGAGCACGGCAAGAACCACACGUACUGGGGACGAUAUGUACGCCAAAUCAUAAAAUACAACAAGAAACAUGGAGCAGGUGCCAACACAGAAUUCACAUUCUCAGCAUUUGUGAAUUAUGUGAAUAGCCUCACAGAGCCUCACUUCAAUGAACACUGGAGGCCUUACCACCAACUCUGCUUCCCUUGUGCUAUAAAAUAUGAUGUCAUUGCCAAAUACGAAACAUUGACGGACGAUUCUGAACGUUUCUUGCGGUUAAUUGGGGCUCCUGAUGACCUUCACUACCCUAGCUAUCUGCCAAGUAAAACCGCGUCUCUCCUCCCGCAGUACAUGGCUAAUCUGUCCCGAGCCCAACGCCAUGACUUGUAUCAGGUGUACCGACGAGACUUUGAGGCAUUUCAAUAUCAGCCUUUUGGUGGGUUGGUCUAGAGCUACACACACUAGUCUAAUAAAAACAAAACGCCAAUAUCCAGUGUUAAAAAAUACCAAUGCGGGUCUUUUCGGAAUACUGAAAGACACUGAAAGAAACCCGUACGCUUGUAUCGUAUCCUAUAUGAAGCGCCACAGAGGCAGCAAGACGCUAAUGGCCGGGUUCUCGAGGUUCUCGCUAGGCCUAUAUUGUGCGAGCGACGCUGACAGGUCGCUCAUCACUUUAACUAGUCAAAUAGACAUAAUUUUGGCGUCCUGUUCUGCCUAAUGCGUUUUAUAAGUUUUCAUAAUUGUACAAAUAUUAAAAUACAAAUAACUUACCAUGUGCACGAGCCUCACACCCGCAAGGCCGCAACAUACUGCUGGUUCACUCGGUGUUUGUUUGUUUGUUUUUUCCUCACCGUCAACGUUACAUCACAAUCACUGAAAACUUUGCUGUCAACAUACACUAACAUGCAACCUCCCCAUAAAGCAGAGUAUUCCUUACAGAGGUACAAGCAUGAAAGGUGCUGUGAAAGUUCACAAGCAAAGCGAAACAUCGAGACAACACACUAUAGGGCCACACUGCAGUUACCACUUAGCUGAAGCAGUUGUUGCGCACGAUUGUUGCGCAACAGUGGCGUUCCUCUUUCCCUUUCAAGAUUGACAGGUUGUGUUAUUAUUUACUUUUUUCCACAUUCGCAUCGUUUUUUUUUUUUUUUUACGUUUUGAUUUAAUUCAAUU